AUACACACGGACCGCCAGUUUGUUUUCGAACGAGCCAUAAAACAAACAACAAAACAAUAGUUUAUUUUAGGAUCUGGAAACACCUUCAAAGACGGAAGAAACUAAACAGGUUCUGAGAAUUGUGCAUCUUGAGAUCGUGAUCACCAUUCAAGGCCUGAGCAGGAUGCAGCGGGUCGCGGUGGUGGGAGCGGGCGUCGUCGGCUUCUCCACCGCCGUCUGCAUCGCCGAGGCUCUGCCCUCCUGCUCCGUCACCCUGCUGGCUGAGAAGUUCAGUCCUCACACCACCAGUGAUGGAGCUGCUGGCAUCCUGUUUGCUGGAGAGUUUCCAGAUAUUCCCAUGGAAACACAAAGACGCUGGUUCAAGUCCAGCUUUGAUCACCUGUUGGAUAUUGCGCAAUCCCAACACUCCCCGGAAGCCGGAGUGAUUCUGAGCUCCGGCUUCCACAUUUUCAAGGACGCGCCCGCCGUUAAGAAACCCUUCUGGUCGGACCUCGUGAUUGGCUUUCGGCUCAUGACGGACAGCGAACUGAAAAGGUUUCCGGAUCACAAGUUCGGACAGGCGUUCACCACCAUCAAAUGUGAAUGUUCCAGCUACCUGCCGUGGCUCCAGAAGAGGUUUAUAACAGCUGGAGGUCAAGUGGAACAGAGGAAGGUCAACAGUCUGCAGGAAUUGAGCGACAGCUAUGACGUCAUCGUCAACUGCUCCGGCCUGGGCUCCAAGCUGCUGGUGGGUGACGACCAGAUGCACCCCGUCAGAGGUCAGGUCCUCAAGGUGGAGGCCCCCUGGCUGAAGCAUUUCAUCAAGGAUGCAGAUGGAAAGACCUACAUCUACCCCGGCAUACACUGGGUCACCGUCGGCGGCACGAGGCAGGAGGGGGACUGGCGACUGCAAGUGGACGACGGCGAGACGAAGGGCAUCCUGGAGCGCUGCGGCGGGCUGGAGCCGUCCAUCGGCAAAGCUAAAGUCCUGGGCGGGUGGGUCGGUCUGAGGCCGAGCAGGAAGAAUCCGAGGGUGGAGCGGGAGGUGACGCAGCUGCGGGGCCGCCGGGUUCCCGUGGUCCACAACUACGGCCACGGAGCCUUUGGAGUCACCCUGGCCUGGGGAACCGCCCUGGACGCCCUGGGGCUGGUGAGGCAGAGCCUCCAUGAGACGAGCCCACAGGCGAGACUGUGAAGCAGGAACUCUGCUUUCACGCUUCACUUUAAAUAAGACUAACUAAUCAGCACUUAAAUAUUGAGAAUUUGCAGUACGCUUUAUAUAGUGUGAAAAUACAUUUUGCUGAACAAUUGAUACUUUGAGAGAAAAAUAUAACAUUGUAAAUUAAAAAGAAUAUAUACAAUUGCCUUAAAAGAUCUACUGUGCUGCAAUUAACUGAAAUACAACAUUUAUUGAGGUGAAAGUCGUUUUUUAUUUUUACAAAUAAUAUAUAAAAUAAAUCUUUAUGACAAAUGAGUGAAGAGGGAACGACUGAUGAGAACUGCUGAUAGUUUACUGCAUCAACUGUCUGGUGAUAUUUAGUAUUUUCCAUCUUUGUUAAAAAAAGUUUUAAACUGCGAGUUAAAACAAUGUUGAAUUAGAGUAAAUCGACAGUAAAAUGAAUUUAAAAAAUAAAAUAAAAGCAUUGUUUGAUGAACCAUGAA